AUGUCUGCCGCAACCCAAAACGCUGCUGUCGAUCAGCUCGCCUCUGACCUUAACAAUGCUUCCUUGAAUGGAGAUGCAAAUGGCGCUACUACCCUCAAUACCGAUGUUUCCAAUGUCAACUCUGAAGACCAAGAUGCCGCAGGUCCUACCCCCACCAACGCCCCUCACCCACAAGCCUCGGCUUCUCUCUACGUUGGUGAACUUGACCCAUCUGUUACCGAAGCUAUGCUUUUCGAGCUCUUCUCUCAAAUUGGUUCCGUUGCUUCCAUUCGUGUCUGCCGUGAUGCCAUCACUCGCCGAUCCCUUGGAUAUGCCUACGUCAAUUACAACACCACCGUUGAUGGUGAGAAGGCUUUGGAGGAACUCAACUACACAUUGAUCAAGGGUCGCCCUUGCAGAAUCAUGUGGUCUCAACGUGAUCCAGCUCUGCGAAAGAAUGGUCAAGGAAAUGUUUUCAUUAAGAACUUGGAUGUUGCCAUCGACAACAAGGCGCUCCACGACACAUUUGCUGCUUUUGGAAACAUCUUGAGUUGCAAGGUUGCUCAAGAUGAGUCUGGAGCUUCCAAGGGUUAUGGAUUUGUUCACUACGAGACUGAUGAAGCUGCAGCUCAAGCUAUCAAGCACGUUAACGGUAUGCUUUUGAACGAGAAAAAGGUCUUUGUUGGCCACCACAUUCCUAAGAAGGACCGUCAAAGCAAGUUCGAGGAAAUGAAAGCAAACUUCACCAAUAUCUACGUUAAGAACAUUCCAGUUGAAGCUACCGAAGAAGAGUUCCGCGAGUUGUUUGAGAAGUUUGGUGAUGUCACUUCAGCAUCCCUUGCUCGUGAUACUGAAUCUGGCAAGAGCCGUGGCUUCGGUUUCGUGAACUUCAUCAACCAUGAGCAUGCCGCUACUGCUGUUGAUGAACUUAACGGCAAGGAUUUCAAGGGUCAAGAUCUUUAUGUCGGCCGCGCCCAGAAGAAGCAUGAACGUGAGGAAGAGCUCCGCCGUUCAUACGAAGCUGCUCGCAUGGAGAAGGCUUCAAAAUAUCAAGGUGUCAACCUCUAUGUCAAGAACUUAGAUGAUGAGAUCGAUGACGAGAAGCUCCGAGAGUUAUUUGCACCUUUUGGUGCCAUUACUUCCGCCAAGGUUAUGCGUGAUACUCCUGCUGAGACCGCUGAUGCCGAGGACAAGAAGGAGAAGGAUGAGGAGAAGAACAAGGAGAACAAGAAGGAGGGUGAGGCUGAGACUGAAGAGGCCUCCGCACCAAAGGCAAAGCGACCCCUUGGUAAGAGCAAGGGCUUCGGUUUCGUUUGCUUUAACAACCCAGAUGAGGCCACCAAGGCUGUUUCUGAUAUGAACCAGCGUAUGGUCAGCAACAAGCCACUUUACGUCGCUCUUGCUCAGCGCAAGGAUGUCCGAAAGAGUCAAUUAGAGGCCAGCAUUCAAGCUCGUAACCAAAUCCGCAUGCAACAAGCCGCCGCUCAAGCUGGUAUGCCACAACAAUACAUGCAAGCUCCAAUGUUCUUCCCUCCCGGAGCCCAACAACCAGGUUUCCUUCCUCAAGGUGGACGUGGUAUGCAAUUCCCACCACAAGCCGGCAUGCCCAUUCCAGGCGCUCAAGCUGGCCGACCAGGCCAGUUCCAAGCCGGUUUCCCUCCUCAACAAGCCGGUCGUGGUGCACCAGCUGGUCAACAAAUGCCACCUAACAUGUAUGGUAUGGGACCGGGUCAAUUCCCUGCUGGCGGUCAGUAUCCUCAACAAAACAACCCACAAUUCUUAGCUGCCAUGCAAGCUGCGCAAGCUGCUCAACUCUCUGCCGGUCGCGGUGGACCAAACGCACGUGGACCAAUGCAAGGUAUGCCACCAAACAUGGCUAUGCCUAUGGGUCAACAAGGAAUGCCACAGUUCCAACAAGGUGCUAGACAAGGUGGUAUGCCUGGUCGUGGUGCUCAGGCUGGACGUCCCGGUCAAUUCGCUGGUGGCUUCCCUCCACAAGCAGGUCGUGGUAUGCCACAACAAAUCCCAGGUAUGCCACAAAUGCCUCAGAUGCCUCAAGAGGGUGGUGUUCCAACUACUUUGUUGCAAGCUCAAGUUCAAUCCGUUCCUCCCCAGCAACAAAAGCAAAUACUUGGAGAGGCUUUGUUCCCUAAGAUCCAAGUCUUGCAACCUGAGUUGGCUGGUAAGAUUACCGGAAUGUUGUUGGAGAUGGAGAACCAAGAGUUGAUCAAUCUUAUCGAGGAUGACGCUUCUCUCCGCGCUAAGGUUGACGAAGCACUUACCGUCUAUGAUGAGUAUGUUAAAAACAGAGGUGAAGGUGAAGGCGACUCUGGUGAAGCCAAGGAGGGUGACGAGAAGGCUGAAGAGAAGGCUUAA